AAAGUAAGGUUGCACAAACACACAAUUAUCUGUAACACUCUACAAGAGUGCAUAAUCUAGUCGAUGUAGAGGGUUUGCAGCCAAGAAGAUGUUGUCAUCAUCAAUGGAUACCUUCCUUCUCCUCUAUGUAUCUAGUCAAAACUAAUUGUAUUAGAAUGUGAUAUUGUUUAUUUUUAUGUGAAUGAAUGCCAUGAUUUCAUCUCAUGCUUGUGUUUGUCUAUUAAUUUUGAUGUCUAUUAUGAUAAUUGAUGUUUAUUGUUUUUUAUGCUUAUGAUGGUCAUUGAUAUUUCUAUAAUAUGAAUACUCUUAAUACCAUCGAUGCUUAUGAUUCUAUUGUAUGCUACUAUAUGCAUUGUGUUUAGUAUCGUCUAGAUUGUCAAGAAAUUACCUUCUAGGGAUACCCUAUUGAUGCUACACGAGUAUGGAAGGAUUGAUCACUCAUCUAUGCUUCGAAUAGUAUCAAUGAUUGAUUGUUAGAUCAUCGAUACUAUAAAUUAUAGUUAUUGUUCGUUGAAUCUCACAAUUAACUAUAUGCUAUCCUAACUAACUUCCUCGAUCACCCAUCACAGGUCCUUCCUCGAAAUGUGACCGUUAUAUACUGACGGGCCCUACUUUGGGACCCAUCAGAAAUCUUGAUCUUUCUUUGCUUCCGUGAUGGGAAACCUGCGGGUUUGGUUUUUGACAGUAACGGCAGCGUUUCACCGCUACUUUUUCUCAACUCGAAAAAAGAGACAAAAAUGAAAUUGAGGACUCUAGUUUUCUGGUUUUUGCCCACCGCCGAAGCAAACUUUUUUACUUUCCCAUUCUCCCAAGUGCCUCAUCUCCUCCGUCUCUCUGGAAACUGGAAAAUUCUUUUGCCCUCCCAACAAUCCGCGUAUAUUUCCCCCGAGAUUAUCAGAGGCUGGUUGACGACGAACAGGUGCGUUCCGCUCUCUGAAUUCCUCCUUGCCCCCACUUCGAAGCUUUCUGUUCUUUGCCCGUUCUUGUUUCUGCGAUGCGGUGUUUUCUUUCGGGCGUGAGUAUACCGGAAGAAAUUGAUGUCGCUCAAACACUAAAGACUAGGGUUUUCGAGUGGCGAUCAGUUCGGACUGUGAUCAUUGAUUAGGGUUUCGCCGUGCAUGUCGAUUGAUUCUUGUGUUGGAGGCUUUCUCUGAUUCUGUUGUGCGUUUUGGAAGAGCUGGGAGCCGGGGAGUUAACGAGUGGUUGGGUUGGGAGAGCGACUGGGUCUGGGUGUGUAGCAGUUUUUACUUGAUGGUUCCGUAGUUGCAGGACCUUACUAGCUUUUUCUUAUUUUCUUCUUUGGUAUCUGAGGAAUUGUGAAUGGAUAACCGAUCGAUUGGCGAUUCUUCUAUUCUGAUCAUAGUAUUCAGUGUCAUAAAUGUUAGCCGAAUUAGUUAAAAUGGGACGGGAGUAUGGCUUGAAGGGUUCUAUUUGCUCCAGUGAUUAGUUCUCUCAUAUCUGCUGAUGAUUUCUUGAUUUCAUAUAUGUUCGUGAUCUGAAUUAUAUUCUUCUUGUGAUGGCAACAGAUCUUCAUUUGCUAGGAGGAUCAAGCUGAUUAUCCUGCGGUGUUUCAUUUCUGCGUGGGAUUCAUAUAGGUGGUAGGAAUUUUGCAAUUUGGUAUUGACUUGAGGGUUUGAGAAGACGGGUUUCGCCCUGUCUGGAAAUGUUGAGUCAAAAUUAUAAUUCAAGCAAUGCUGGUGAUGCCUGACCGAAAGCCAUUGAUGGAAUAGCAUUGCUCCUUGGACUGAGUUAGACUUGAUUUUCUCUGUGAGGCAAUAGUUACAGUACCCUUCGCAAUGGGGUGGAUUGGAAUUGCUUAUUUUUUGUUUUCACUGUUCACCCUGGUUGAGUCAACAAGUCGGUCAGGAAAGAUUUGGGCAUUGAAUUUGGUCUCCGAGAAUGUCACACACAUGACCUGGCCAAUCUUCAGUGCAAGUGUCUUCGUGCUAGUAGCUCUUGUCCUCUCCAUGUACCUUAUCUUUGAGCACCUAGCCUCAUACAACAAGCCAGAGGAGCAGAAGUUUCUGGUUGGACUCAUUCUAAUGGUUCCUGUUUAUUCUCUUGAAUCGUUCUUAUCGUUGUAUGAUUCAAGUGCUGCUUUCAACUGGGAAGCUCUUCGAGACUGCUAUGAAGCUUUUGCAAUGUAUUGCUUUGAGAGAUAUCUGAUAGCGUGCUUAGGUGGUGAAGAUAGCACCAUCGAAUUCAUGGAGACUCAGACUGAUGGUGUUUCCAGCAUGCCUCUUUUGGAUGAAGCAUAUGCUUAUGGGGUUGUUGAGCACCCUUUUCCGCUAAAUUGCUGUCUGAGGCCUUGGAACCUGGGUCGUGACUUCUAUUAUGCUGUGAAAGUUGGAAUUGUUCAAUAUAUGAUUGUCAAGAUGAUAUGUGCACUUCUAGCGAUUAUUCUUGAAGCUUUCGGAGUGUAUGGAGAAGGGAAAUUUGAGUGGUCAUACGGGUACCCCUACCUGGCUGUUGUUCUAAAUUUCAGUCAAAGCUGGGCAUUGUAUUGCCUUGUGCAGUUCUAUUCUGUCACAAAAGACAAGUUGGCGCCUAUUAAGCCAUUGGCCAAGUUUCUUACCUUCAAGUCAAUCAUUUUCCUGACUUGGUGGCAAGGUAUUGCUGUUGCUUUCCUUUUCUCAACUGGAGUCUUUAAGGGCUCUUUGGCUCAAGAGCUGAAGACGCGUAUACAAGACUACAUAAUCUGUAUCGAGAUGGGUGUUGCAGCCGUUGUGCAUCUCUAUGUCUUCCCAGCCGUGCCUUACAAGCGUGGGGAGAGAUGUGUCCGUAAUGUUGCUGUGAUGACCGACUACGCAGCUCUGGGAACUCCAGCUGAUCCAGAGGAGGUUCAGGAUUCGGAAAGAUACACUCGGAUACGCUUGGCUCGACAUGAUGAAAAACAAAAGACCAUGAACUUCCCCCAGAGUGUUCGUGAUGUGGUCCUGGGUAGCGGUGAAAUCAUCGUUGACGACAUGAAGUACACCGUUUCGCACGUCGUGGAGCCAGUCGAGAGAGGGAUAGCGAAGAUCAACAAGACGAUCCAUCAAAUAUCCGAAAACGUUAAGCGCCAGGAGGAGGAGCGGAAGAGGAACUCCAAGGACGACAACUUCCUCGUACCUUUGAAUUCGUGGACUAAAGAGUUCUCUGAUGCACAUGAAAACCUAGGGGAAGGGAGUGUCAGUGACAGUGGGUUGCUGAACGUAAAGAAGCAGUCAUCACAAUCGAGAACCACGGGAUCAAGACUGAAAAGAGGCAGAUAACGAAGUGUAGCUCUCUGUUUGGAGCUCCGAGUACUUGCUUCUUUUACAAUGGGUAGAGAGAAGUAUCAUUUGUGCAGCGGGAACUUUUAACCGUGGAUGCAACUUGUACAGGGGGAGUUUGACACGUGAACUGAUCCUUGAUAUAACAGAUUUACACAAGAGGGUAGCAAAACAUGGCAUCUCAAAUAUGGGAAAUGUGAUGCUUACAGGAGAACUUACGUUAAAGUUUGUACAUUGCCAAGGGAAAUUAAUGCAUUGGAUGGUAGUCAAUCAAUAAUUAAACAGUGAGCGAUCGAUUCUCAGUAGUCAAAUUUAGUCAGUAACCAACGUUGAACGCUCGGUAAUUGUUGAUGGGUCUUAUUCUUGUCUUUUUUUUAAUUAUUAAAUUGGGCAGUAGAAUGGUGUUAUUAUGCACUUGUGUUGGAUUGAGUUGAUUAUGAAUUGAUAUCUACGUUAAAUUAUUUUUAUUCAAUGAUAAAACGUUAAAAAAACACAUACUUAUGAAGGAAAAAAAUCUAUAAUGCACAGUUUAAGAAAAAAGGAGGACGUCUUUUGUUAGCUAAGUUACCAUCCGAUUAUUUUGAUAUAACCUUGUCGAGUCACUAGUUUAUCAAUCAUCUGAGACAUCGAGUCACUAGUUUAUCAAUCAUCUGAUUAAUCGACAAAAUAACUGAUAACCAACUACGCGGUUACAAUUUAUUAACUAAUAUACAAGAUGCCGUUAACCGAUAACCCACUUCAUGAUUACAGGUAUAACCGGAUUAAACCGAACUGACUAACAGGCAUAUACUUUGUCUCGUCUUUGAGUAAUUUUUGCUCUAGGCUUAACACGUGUGGUCUGCCUGCCCUCCCUGUGGCUGUGGGAAACUAGUAAAAUUGGAUGGGCUUUGGGCCGAGUUUGGAGCUGCCAGGCCCGUCACUCCCUAGCUUGAAGGGAACGAAAAUACAGGAAAAGGGGCCGCCGGCCUGUAAGCAAUCCAUCGGGGGGUUAGGGUUUAUGUAUGCGCCUAUAUAUUGAAACUUCCAUCUCUUCUUCUGAAUCAGGAAUCCAUAUCACAUCUAUUUUCGUCCGUUCUGAAUUCGAUGUCGCCGAUUACAAAUUCUUCUGUAUCAUAGUUUGUUUAUCCCUGUUUUUGCAUCCUCAACAAUGGUGGAUCUUUCAGUUCUUUUCUUUCUCCAAUUCAUCUAUGUUCAUACGAAUUAGUUGUAGGGAAGGCGGGGAAGCGAUGAGGAUAUUCGUGAGAAAGUCAUGCACCACUCUGAUUUUUAUGUGCUGAGUUACUUCUCUUACCCAUACAACAUCUGAGCUUCCCCUUCCUUUCCUCCUUUUGCUUUUAAACUAGUUCGAAUUAAUGGCGGAUUUCACUGAAUUGAGAAUUGGAGGUGAAAACUAUGUGAUGCGGGACGGUUAAAACCCGGCCCGAACCAUGAUGCGGACCGUACAGCAGCUUCAAUGCUGCUGCUGGGGAUUCUUUUUUAGGUUUCUGAUGGUUUUCAUCUCCAAAUCCCUUUUCAUGAUUUCUGAAUUUUUGUAGUUGUGGUUUUUAAAUUAGUGUUUCGUUGAGGAUUUAUGGAUGUGAUGAUACUUUCCCCAGAUGAUCGAAGCUGAUUAUACUGUGCGAAAUUUAUCUCCCAUGGAGGUAUUCAAGCCUAUGUUCUGAUCCAUUAAUUCCUCGCCAUUCUCAAUAAAAAAAGUAAGCUUUUUUUUAUCUAGAUAAAAGCUGUGUCUUUAGUGUUUCAGUUUGGUGGAAGGCUGGAAGCUUAAACGGAACUGGGUUGUUCUUCAUUUCCCUCUUUAAUCCCAUAUCGGCCGCACUUGCUCAAUAUUAAGAUUGAAAGGCUUGAUUUUUCCAUUGCUGUAACGUGAAAGCUUUGUACUGUUUACAUUUAUAAUUGUUUGAAUGAUGUUGAAUUGAGGUGGAGGAUCACAGGUUGGGCGGCUGAAUCAGACAAGAGAAAUUAUGGUAAAUGGUAAUGGUGAUUCAUUUACAGAGAUUAACCUGGUUUUCCACCUUCAAUUGUUAAGCGAGGACAGGAUUGGGGUAACUUCUUAGCUUGGUUUAAUGGAGUUUGAGAUCCCAAGUAGACGUAUUCUUUCAGGCUGGUUGAGAUAUAUACAGGAACCACUCCGUUUGUUGGAAGUUAAUUGCAUUGAUUGUGAAUAUAUAUGCUAUUUGCCAUUUGGAAUGAUCUUUCUUGUUACCUUACAGUUUAUACAAGAAUUGUAUUGGGUUCCACUAUCUGGUAAUCAAUGGUAAUAAAGAUUCCAUCUUUGU